AAUGUUUUGUCUUUGAGUUACAAAAAUUUAGUAUUCAAUAAGUCUUUGUGGAUAAAUGUCGUGUAAACGGUAGAACAUAAUUUUUUUUGUUAUUUGUUAAACAGAAAAACGAAAUUUUCUCAAAAAUACUUGUAAUAGAGAAAAAAAACAGAAACGAAAAAUUUACGUUGAAAACAAGAACGAAAAAUAUUUACGUGUAAUGAACCAAAAGAUAUGAAAAAUUAUUUGAAAAUAAAACAUAUGGAAAUUUAUUAAAAGCCUAAAAGAAAAGUGGUAUAAAUAAAGAAAAACCUUAUUAAAAUUAUAAAAAAAAUUAAAAAUCUGUGAAAAAAAGGUUUAAAAAAAAAUUAUAAUUUUUAUUUAUAAAAAUUAAAUAGUUGCAAGAAAAUAAAAGUUAUUAAACAAAUAAAAAAAACCAAAAUGUUGUGCUGUAAAAAUAUCAAUACCCAUCUUAUGGCAUUUACCGCCAUUACUUUAUUUGGAUUUAUAUCUGCCCAGGCAGUUGGAUCGAAGGAUCUAUUUAGAUGCCGCCAAAGUUGCUAUCAAAAGUUUGUUCAAGAUUGGCAUCAUUGUAUGGAUUUCGAGGAUUGUAAAAAUAUGUGCAUCACGCCACCUAAUAUCAAUAGUUAUAUCCCAGAAGCAUUCAGUUUUCUGUGUUGGAAUAAUUGUGAUCAACAAUUGGGUCCAUUUCCCUUAAAUAUCAAUUCAGCUUUGCGUCAGGGUUCCUUAGUGAUAACAGACAUUGCUUGGGAUCAAGCCAUUACGAAUGCAUCAAAGCAAUGUUUAGUUACUUGGGAGGUCUCUGGAGGCGGUCUAAUGGGCAACCUAUUGACUGAUAGUUCUACUGUUGAAUUAUCCCUCUGGUCAGAUACAGUAUAUCACGUACAAGUUACGUGCAAACAUAAGGAAACGGGUGGCAUGCGUAGAUCUUUCAAAUUGAUUGUGGAUACCCAUAAACUAGGCGAUAGUUCCGCCACCGGUAUGCAAGCCAUUGCUAUGGAUUCUACAUUUGGUAGCAAAACUCUACCCCAUAUCUAUGGCGCUGAAUCGGUGCCCUCUACUUCGGGAGAAACUGACUCUAGAAUGCGUAUCUUAAAGGAUAGUUCGAAAGACUUCUUGACACCCUACAAUCCUAAUGUAAAUACCAAAACUAGUUCCAGCACUGCCUCCAGUAAAGUUAAAACCCCCAAUGCUGCCACUACAUCGGCUGAUGAAAAUGAGGUAAUCCCCAGCUUAAGUGUUAAACGUACCAAACUCAUUGGUCUGCCAGCAGUAACUGAAACUGAAACCAGUUUUCUAACCCAAACCAUGGUAUUUGCUGUUGUCGGUUCAAUAGUCUUAUUUUUGGGCAUCAUUAUCUUGUACCUUAUCAUGCGUCCUACACGCAAACAAAUUUCAGUCAUUGAUAAGCAAGUGUUAAUACAAACCGAAGUGCUGCCCAGUAAAUUGCCCCUAAAUCCAGCGUCUGUACAGAGUACAGCAACUUUGUCACCCCUCAAUGAUCAACGUACCACAUUACAUGUGUAAAUUUAGGUGUGAUUUUUUUUAAGACUAAUUUUUGUAUAGUUGUGUGUAAAUAUUUUAGGGUUUAUAUUUUUUUUUUUUCUUAUUAUUUUUUCUCACUUUUUUCGAGUGUAUGUGAUCAUGUAAAUACAGCAUAGUAAGAAAUUUAAUUAUAUAGUAAGUUUACUUUUUAACAAUUCAAAGUGUAAAUAUUUAUUUUGCUUAAUUUAACGUUUUAAGCUUAAACCGUGUGUUAGAGUGUGAGUGUGAGAUUGAGAGUGUGUUAGUGACUAAAACUGAUGUAAGUAGUGUAGGAAAAAGAAAAGAGCGAUUUGGCCAAAUUUACCUGACAGUGUUAAUUUAUUUGCUUAAACUUUAAAAGCUUUUUGUUGAUUUAUUUUUUAAGUCUAAAUAUAUAAAGUUAAGUCUUAAACAAGGUCAGAUCGUCCCUUCCCCCCCAAACUUAAGCAAACAGACAGACAAACCAACAAACAAACAAAUAAUAUAAAAUGCUUCAGUUAAUAACUUAAACAAUUUAAUGUAUUUAUUUAAAUAUAAAACAAACAAAUAACAAUAAAAUAAAAAUAAAAAUAAUUUUCAACUUAAAGUGAGUGAGAUUUGAGAAAUAUGUUGAAAAAUAAACUAGCAUGUAAGAUGUCUAGUCCUUUUGUGUAAGAAUUAUAAAAAGAAAGUCUCAAAGAAUAAGUGUAAAUGAAUGAAUGUUUAAAAUGUAUUCUUAAUUUAUUUUAUAAAACCAUAACAAUGAAAAUCUUUUUAAUAAAAGUUUUUCGUUGCUUUUUCUUAAGACACGCUUACAAAAAAACUCCCAGUGUAAAAAAGAUUUGUAUAUUUGAUUUCAUUUCAUCUUUAGUUUUUGUUUUUUUUUUUCAA